CAACAUUCCGGUGUUAUGAACUCUUUAGCGACCUUCCUUCGAACUUAAAACUCGAAUACUGGGCUUCUUAGAUUUGAAGGCAACCUCGAAGAACACUAAAAAUCAAAUCAUGGCAGCUACGUUCAAAGCUCUCCAUCUCUACACAGCACCUCUCUCCGGUUGCUCAGCUAGAAUCCGCAUCGCAGCUUACCUAAAAUCAAUCCCCUUAAUAUACCACACCAUCGACAUCUCCAAAUCCGAACAGUCAUCCUCCACUUACCUCGCCAUCAACCCAAACGGCAGCGUUCCCUCUCUAACCGUAGAGGCGUCUUCAAGCCAGAAAUUCACAAUCACACAAUCUCCUGCUAUUCUCGACUUCCUGUCCGCUCACUUUCCAGAUCCACCACUAUUACCUGGAAUAGAGAGACCCAGAGAGCGUGCCAGGGUGAUGGAGCUUGCUUCUCUUGUAGCCUGCGAUAUUCAACCACCGCAAAACAGCCGUAUCCGUAAGAAGAUCGGCCAAGAUUUCAAUGGUAAUGGUGAAACGUGGGCUCGUUGGGUGUAUGAGCGUGGCUUCAGUAUUUAUGAGACGUUUCUUGAGACAAGGAGAAAGGAGAAGGGAGGUGGGAAGUACAGUGUAGGAAAUGAAGUUAGUCUUGCUGAUGUUUUCUUGGUGCCGGCUGUGCAGGGUGGUCUCAGAGUUGGUAUUGAGUUAGGAAAGUGGCCGAUUCUGAAAGAGAUAGUUGACGAAUGUUGGAGUUUGGAAGCCUUUAGGAAAGGAGGCUUGGGGGGCCAUGGAAGGCUGGUACCUUGACAUAUUUCUGAGUUACGGGCAUGGCUAGGACCCAAAGGGGCAAAGGUCAUCUCGGGCUGAUGCCAUGUCAAGAGAGGAACAUCAGGCAGAUUGAACCAAUGGAAGACUUGCGCCUCAUAAUUGGUGUACUGCCCGGUGCAUAAGACCC